AUGGGCGGAGUGGACAAGACCUUUGCGCCGCUGCUGGGAAUACCGCUGAUUGCCCACACACUGGGCCGGUUCGAAUCCUCCCCUGUAAUCGGCGAAAUUGUGUUGGUGCUCGCACCGGAUUCCGUGGAGCAUGGUAGGACGCUGGUAGCAGAGCGCGGGUACAAGAAAGUUACGCAAGUGUGCGCCGGCGGAGAACGGCGGCAGGACUCGGUGCGCCAUGGCCUGCACGCUUUGACCCCCUGCGAUCUCGUGAUGGUGCACGACGGCGCCCGUCCCUGCGUGGAUAGCGCGAUGCUCGAGCGGGCUGCCAGAACCGCGGGGGAACACGGCGCGACAGUGGCGGGGAUGCCGGUCAAGGACACCAUCAAGCGGGUUGCCGCCGAUCUCGUGAUAGAGGAUACGCCCGAGCGCGCUCUACUUUGGCAGGCCCAGACUCCCCAAGUGUUCGGCUACGAUCUGUUAGUGGAGGCCCACAGGGUGAUUGAGGGAGAUUUCACCGACGACGCUGCGAUGGUGGAAAGCCUGGGGAACCGGGUCCGUAUGUUCGAGGGGUCUUACGAGAACAUCAAGGUUACUACCGCCAGCGAUCUAGUUAUCGCGGAGGCGUUCCUUGAGCAACUCGUGGCUGAUUUUCCAGACACUCGUGUCGGGAUAGGGUUCGAUUCCCAUCCGCUUGUGCCCGAUCGUCGGCUCGUUCUGGGUGGAGUGGAGAUUCCCCACGACCACGGGCUGGAAGGACACAGCGACGGAGACGUUCUGGUGCACGCCCUGAUGGACUCUCUGCUGGGGGCAGCGAACCUGGGGGACAAGGGGAUUCACUUCCCGUCAUCCGACCCGCGGUAUAGGGACAUUUCCAGCCUGUUGCUGCUGGAGCGGGUGGCUACACUGGUCAAGGAUGCUGGUUGGCGGGUGUCAAACGUUGAUGCUACAAUGCUGGCGCAAACGCCCCGGCUCGGGCCGUUCAUCCAGGCCAUGAGGGAAAGAUCCGCCACUGCGCUAGGCAUCUCGCCAGACCGGGUAAGCAUCAAGGCAACAACCACCGACCAUUUGGGGUUUGUCGGUCGAAGCGAGGGUAUAGCAGUGUGCGCCGUGGCCUGCAUCGUGUCCAACGGACCCGGAGCUAACUAG